CGGAGCAAUAGCGGAUCCGGGGCAGGCGGCGCCAGCGGGAGCAGUAGCCUCGGCUCCGGGCAGGGGGUGGGGUGGGAGCCGGAGAGACAUGAGCUUUUCUGGCACCAAAGCUCUAAGCAGCAGCGCCAAGAACCAGGAGACGGUCGGCAUGAAGGUGAAGAAGGCGCCGCCGAGCGAGGGGCUCCCGGCCACCACCGAGGAGGAGCUGCUGAAGAAGGAGAGCGUGACCCCCGAGGACGUGUUGGGGCUGCAGAAGAUCACGCAGAAUUAUUUAUGUGCUCCUGAGGACAAUGUUUACAAUAUCGAUUUCACGAGAUUCAAGAUUCGCGACAUGGAAUCUGGGGCCAUCUUAUUUGAAAUUACCAAGCCACCUGCCUCUGAGCGUGACCAGGGGGACAAGAAAGAUGUGGAUGCCAAUGCUGGCCGGUUUGUGCGCUACCAGUUCACCCCGGCCUUCCUUCGCCUGCGGCAAGUCGGAGCCACGGUGGAAUUCACAGUGGGUGACAAGCCAAUCAACAGCUUCAGAAUGAUUGAGAGACACUACUUCCGGGACCAGCUGCUGAAGAGCUUUGACUUUGAGUUUGGUUUCUGCAUCCCCAGCAGCAAGAACACAUGUGAGCACAUCUACGAGUUUCCCCAGCUCUCCGAGGAACUCAUACGGGAGAUGGUCACUCGACCCUACCAGACCCAGUCAGACAGUUUCUACUUCGUGGACAACAAGUUGGUGAUGCACAACAAGGCCGAUUAUGCCUAUGGGAACGGGCCAUGAGAAGGCGGCCAGGUCUUUGCUACUUCCGACUCCAUAGCACCCACCUCGGGGAGACCGAGUCUGCAGAACGCCAAGAGCAACAAUGGGAAUGCCAAUACUGGGACCCUCUGGUUAACCAAAUCUCACUCCUAACUCGACUAACCCUGCUUCUAACUGCGUGCUAACUUAAACCAAUCAGGAUAACUCUUCAAAUGUCGCCAUUGCUCCCAUUUCAUCAUGAAAAUUAUUUUUAAGUUAUCUGCAUUUUAAGAUCGAGGGUUGAGUUCACAUUCCAGCAUCAACCAACCCCCCUCCUUCAUCCCAGAGACGGCAGCCUGGUUCCCUGCACGGGGGAUAGGGGAUAGCUUCACAAUGGCUUUGAGUUUAACCCAUCAGUCUUCACGUCUCCCCACGUGUCUGCUGAAAAUGCUGCUCGAGACCGGCUCCCCCCCCUCCCCCAAACCUUAGUCCUAAUUCCCGGUAAGACAGGGGUAAAGAAGGGAAAUUGUUAGGAAUAAAUUAAAUUUGCACACCAGUAAAUGUUAGCCCAGCGAUGCACCUGUUUCCAUUCAUCUGAUCCCAGUUUUGAGGCAAAUUCAUAUUGAGCAUGUCUUUAUUUAAUUUGGGAAUCAGUCCUCCAUCAAAAUGUCUAACACUGGGAUUUAAAUUGAGAUUGGUGUUUAGUUCUCCAGCGAUCUGUCAGGAGUGAGCCUGCAGGUUUCUCUGUUUGGUGUUCUCUGUGUGUGUGCGUGUGCGCGUGCGUGUGUGUGUUUUAUUUGAUUAAUUUAUGGUAAACUCGACCCGGCAGCAAAGCAGCCACACAAGCAGUGCGGGAUCGAGCAUUUAGUGUAUUCCAAGUGCUCCGUCGUGACCCCUGUUUCUAGUGCUUGACCUUUGACACUUGAAUUAAAUAUUUAUUUUUUAAGUAGAACUGGACAAGGAGGAAAGAAGUCAAAUUGUUUUCCCAGUCCUUUGUGCUGAUUGUUUUUCUUUUCUCAGUCCGUGAGGAUUUGUUGAGAUCUGUAUUGAGUUUCUCGCUCUCUAAUGUUAAGGUGUUGAAUGCAGUGUCAUUGAAAAGAUUUCUCAACAUAUGUAUAAAAAAAACUUUGAAAAA